UUUGUCCGUGUACUGCUAGCAGCUGCUGUAGGAAUCAAUCCGAAUCAUCCCGCAGCACCACCGCCCGCACUCUCACACCAGCAGGACGGUUUACACCAGCAGGACGGUGACCUCCGGUGUCUGACUAGGGUGAGGGUAACACUUUCUUGGCCCAGAACUUGCUAUUUUCGUCUGCUGAUACGUUCACGCUAUGCUUAUUCUGUGCUUCAUGCGAAACAGGAAAACGGUAUCAAGGCGGUGCUGUUCCCACGAAGAUCCGACUAGCUAUCGGCUUGCGGAUGAUGGCCGGUGCUUCGUAUCUCGAUGUCGCCGUGCUAUUCGGCGUGUCCAAGGAGACGGUCUUCAGCAUCUUGUGGCAGGUGGUGGAUGCCAUCAACAGCACAGCAGAGGUUGGGCCGUUCUUUUUUCCGCAGAGCGAGGAUGAGUGCACCCGGCAGGCGGCAGAACGGGAGGUGCGGAAAUGACACACUAAAUAGUUAACAGCAGCAGGGUAGAUUGCAUGCUUGCAUACCAGACAGGUGACUAUUAUAUGAUGUUGUGAACGAACACAUGAUCGUGUUUGGUGGCGGUUUAGUUUCAACAUUACUUCGAAUAUAGAUUACAGUAUGCGAACCGACGUACGUGCGAACAUGGCCAAAAACAGGCAAGGCGGCGAAAAUGGACAGACAGGUGUUGUGCUGUGGUAUGCCUACCGGGUCUGGUGUCAUAAGAGCAAUUCAACUUCACCUCUUCCGUAGGCUACAGGCCUCCUAACGUGUAUGGUAAAUAAACAAGGUACUACUGCUUCAGAGCCUGGCCCAAAACAAAUGACGCCGAUUGCAUGGAUGCAUGCAUGUCGAUCCUCCGCUCGGCAGAAUAUCCUGCUUGUCUAGACGCACCGAACGAGGAGCGACCGGGAAGCACCUGUGACAGCACGGGGAAACCAUAAUAUCUUGUGUUCACGUAUUGGCUUGAUGCGUGGUGGAAUGAGCUCCAGUUUGCAGGGAACAUUGGCACGAACAGUCGCACUGCUGUAUUGAUUGGCGUGCCUAGGAGAGGGCUUGUCUUUAAUUGCUCGCACACACCUGUACGUUUUUUCUGGGGUAGUCGAUGGACUUGCCGCUGCCCGAAAAUCAAACUUUAACGAAUCUAAGAGCGCCUCUGUUGUGUCCCUCCCCGCCUGCCAUGUCUCUCCUCAGGAAAAAAGCACGGGCGGCGCCUUUCAAGGUGUGGUAGCUGCGGGGGAUGGCCUCUUCGUGAAGACUCUUGCUCCAACUGCCCCCAAC